GGCAGCAGCCAAAGGCAAGGCCGAAACCGCGUCGUCUCACGGAGUCCACCACCAGUCUCCUCCCCUCCUCCUCCUCCUACCCCCGCCUCCAAGGCCCUUCCGCCCGCCCGCCGACCUGGUCCGCUGGUCCGGGGUGCUCUGUCCGGCACGAAUCCAGCGGCGCUUGUUGCGGGAAUGCGGGGAGUUCGUUGGUGAGCCGCUAUGGGUUGCUUCCCGUGCUUCGAUUCGGGCUCCGACGGGGAGCUGCUCUACCCCAAGCAGGGCGGCGGAAAUGGCACGGGCGGACGGAUUGCGCCCGCGGCAUCGUCCUCCGGCGUCGGCGCCCGCGAGGAGAGACCCAUGGUCCCGCCGCGCGUCGAGAAGCUCCCCGCAGGGGCUGAGAAGGCAAGGGCAAAAGGCAAUGCCGGAAUGAAGGAGCUUUCAGAUCUCAGGGAUGCCAAUGGCAAUGUCCUUUCUGCGCAGACGUUCACCUUCCGCCAGCUUACAGCUGCCACGAGGAACUUCAGGGAGGAAUGCUUCAUUGGGGAGGGAGGGUUCGGACGUGUUUACAAGGGCCGUCUUGAUGGAGGCCAGGUUGUUGCUAUAAAGCAGCUCAAUAGGGAUGGAAACCAAGGAAACAAAGAAUUUCUGGUGGAGGUCCUCAUGCUCAGUUUGCUGCAUCAUCAAAACCUUGUUAAUUUGGUUGGUUAUUGCGCUGAUGGAGAGCAACGCCUUCUGGUGUAUGAGUAUAUGCCCCUUGGAUCAUUGGAAGACCAUCUCCAUGAUCUCCCUCCUGGUAAGGAACCGUUGGACUGGAACACUAGGAUGAAAAUUGCAGCUGGUGCUGCUAAAGGGCUGGAAUACCUCCAUGACAAGGCACAACCACCAGUUAUAUAUAGAGAUUUCAAGUCAUCAAAUAUUCUAUUGGGUGAUAAUUUCCAUCCAAAGCUGUCAGACUUUGGUCUCGCUAAAUUGGGUCCUGUUGGUGACAAGUCUCAUGUCUCUACACGUGUGAUGGGAACAUACGGCUAUUGUGCUCCAGAAUAUGCUAUGACAGGGCAACUUACAGUCAAGUCAGAUGUCUAUAGCUUUGGAGUGGUGUUGCUUGAGUUGAUUACUGGCCGGAAGGCCAUUGACAGCACCAGACCUCAUGGGGAACAAAACCUCGUGUCAUGGGCACGCCCUCUUUUCAAUGACAGGCGGAAGCUCCCAAAGAUGGCUGAUCCAGGGCUGCAGGGAAGAUAUCCCAUGCGUGGGCUCUACCAAGCCCUCGCUGUGGCGUCAAUGUGUAUUCAGUCAGAGGCUGCUUCGCGACCACUUAUCGCUGAUGUUGUGACUGCUCUUUCCUACCUGGCGUCCCAAAUUUAUGAUCCUAAUGCGAUCCAUGCCUCGAAAAAGGCAGGUGGCGACCAGCGAAGUAGGGUUUCUGAUAGUGGAAGGACGCUCCUGAAGAAUGAUGAGGCAGGCAGCUCAGGACACAAGUCGGAUCGGGAUGAUUCCCCCAGGGAGCCUCCUCCGGGGAUCCUUAAUGACAGGGAGAGGAUGGUGGCUGAGGCGAAGAUGUGGGGUGCGAACCUGCGGGAGAAGACGCGUGCUGCUGCCAAUGCACAGGGAAGCCUUGAUUCUCCAACUGAAACCGGAUAGCGGCAGUCUUCAACCUGCGGCCUUGUGUUUUCUCUCUGUCGACUGUGCUUGCUUUCGAUUGGCGGGGAAAGAUGAAUUGGGUGCUUUCCGGUGGUGUUAGACGUGUACAUUUAUAGGGGCAAAACAAAAACAAAACAAGAGGAGAAUUGGGUGGCUUUGUACUGGAUAUGGUCGUACCUGUAAAUUCUCGGAAAAUUUUGCGACGAUGGAGAACAAAUCUGAACUCGUGUCUGUUGUCCCUGUUCC